GGGGGAGGUGCGGGCAGGGCAGCGGCCCGGUGGGGCUGGCAGGGCCGGCUGCCCACGUCCCGCGGCACCGGGUCACCGCGCAGGGACGAGCUGCCCGCCCUGCCCGGCCCGCCGGGCGCUGGGCCCGAGUGUCCCGCAGGGACGGCUGAUGCCCCGCCGGGGCGGGCCAGGCGGGGGACUCGAGGUCCGCGCUGCGGGGGACGGGUGGAGAGCAGCCCACCACCCGGUCCGCCCUCCCGCUCUCGCCCGCCGGCCGGGUUGCGGGUGGGGAAGCCCCGGGUCGCCCGAACGCCUCUUCCUGGGCGGGAACGGGCCGAGGCGUUAUAGGGCGGGCGGCGGCGGAGGGGACGCGGCGACAUGAAGUGGAUCGGGCUGUUGGGGCUGCUGGGCGCGGUGCUGCUGGGGUGCUGGGAGCCUGGCGACGCUGUAAGCUGCUCUGAUAAGCAGUAUGAACACAAAGGCAGGUGCUGCAACCGGUGCCAGCCAGGGCAAAGACUGAUUUCUGAAUGCAAUGGCACAGAGCACUCUGCCUGUGCUCCCUGUGAGAGUGGACACUAUCAGCAGAGCUGGACCAAGGAGAGGCACUGUGCCCCCCACGACAUCUGUGAAGACAACACUGGCCUCGUCGUGAAGACGCAGGGAAAUGCAACGCACAACACAGUGUGCCAGUGCCGGGCCAGCAUGCACUGCUCUGACAGCAGCUGCCAGACCUGCGUGGAGGACCAGCCCUGCCCGCUCGGCUUCGGAUUCGUGGCAGCCAAGGCCAUGGCCCAGAUGUCAUCCCCCUGCGAGCCCUGUGCAGAAGGCACCUUCUCCAAUGUCUCAUCUAAAACUGAGCCAUGCCACCCUUGGACAAGCUGUGAGGAAAAGGGUCUGGUGGUGAAGGCAAAAGGGACAAACACCUCGGAUGUGAUCUGCGAGUCGGGCGGUCGCUCCUCGCUGUCGGUGCUGAUCCCCAUCUCGGCCGCGGUCGUCACGUGCCUCCUGGGCGUCUGCAUCUACUGCCUGGUCCACGCCACUCCCAGGCGACGGGUGCAGACGCAGAUAGAGGCUGGGAAGCCCAGCCCAGAGGUCCAGCAGCCCCAGGAGGUGGAAGACUUCCCCGUGCAGCAGACCCUGCUCGGGAGGCAGCCAGUGGCCCAGGAGGACGGCAAGGAGAGCCGCAUGGCGGAGGAGGAGCGCCUGUGAGGGCACCGCCCGCGUCCCCGCUCCAGCCGGGGAGGAGAGGCGGAGGCUGGGCUGGCUGCAACUCACUGGACGCUGCAGGGACCACGGCACGACCUCCCCCCGGGCGGUACCACGGCAGUGCCCGCUCUGCGCCAGCCCGGGGGGGCAGAAGCAGGGCCCGGUCGCACCGCGCACGGCUGCCGGCGCACAGCCCAGCCAAAGAGCCCGGCCAAACAGCGCGGCCGCCGGCGAAGCCAGGGCGAGGGCGCGGCCGCUGGUGCGGGACCGCCCCGGGGCGCGGCCGGGCCAGCCCCCUCCCGGGCGGGGCGGGACCCGCGGGCACCGCCGCGCGGCGGGCGGCAGGGGGCGCUGCGGAGCCGGGCUCGGGGCGCCCGGCGGCACGUGCGCGGGCGGGGGCGCGCGCUGCUCGCCACGUGCCGCACGGGACCGGCCCCCGCACCGCGACCCCCCCGCGGUCCCGGGCAGCCCCGUGGGGGCGGCUCGCCCGGCUGUCCUCCCGGCAACCAGCUGUCAUUAAACUUCUUUAUUCUCCCA